AUGUUUCCUUUGAUUAGUGCUACUAGUUUGAUUAUAGUUGGCCUGUUUGUGGUCUGCUUCGCCGAAGACUGCCACCCGGGCUCGGUAAGAGCGUGCCUGGAUCGGUUUGAUCAAAUUAUCGCGAGCUGUGGAGAAGACGUGGACUGCCAAUGCGAUGCUCUCUGGACGUCGGGAGUCAGUUGUUUUGGUACUUGUCCAGAGGAUGCUAAGGCGCAUUUCGUUCGCAACUUCCGUAACAAUGAAUGCAGUGAUCAGGCUUGGAAAAGCUUGGAAAUCUCACCCACCAGCGCCAACUCUAGUUCUCACGAAGAUCUCAGUUUUGCUUCAAUUACUCCAAGUCAUUCCCAUACGGGUAAUACCUGGAAAAGCUUGGACUACUCCACCGCCAGCGUCGAUUUUAGCUCGUACGAGGAUCUCGGGUCUCCUUCGAGUCAUACCCACAAGGAUCAAAGCGAGCCAGUUGCCCAAUCUGCAACAGUAACGGAGGCGGUGCCUCAACUCCCCGGUGCUAAACUGAGACGCUGGUUGAACCAACUCUCACUGGACAACACAAAGACUAACUCCAGCAAAACAAACCUCACGCCUACUGAUUCUCGAUACCUGAAUGCAUCGAUUCGUGCCAGUGUGACUGCAAUGCAGCAGCCCCAGUCCAGCUGGUCGAUUGAGGAAGAGACUAGGAGAAAGCAACUGCAGAGAAUGAAAGAGAAUCUGCAGAGUAUUCGAUCUUCUAGAGCACGCGAAUCAUCUCUAGCUCGAUUAGCAGCGGAAGCUUUAACUAGUAGCAUCACCCCAACCGAGACAGCACCUGUGGAACCCCAAGAAACAACUAGGGAAUCAGCGAGCACCGUGGAGCACGCUCACGAAUCUAGUGCAUCGUCGUACUUCGAAGUUCACCUGGUUGCGAUCGCGCUGUUUCUGUUAUGUCUCAACUUUGGGUUGCCUGCAUUUUGA